CUCUGUUGCCUGGUUACCGCCAGUACCGGAAGCCGUGUUCGGGCUGCGCUUCCGGACACGUUGUGUUGAUGGUUGCAUCAGACUCGUAGAGCCGGGCAGAAUGGCAGCCGCCGGGGAUCAGGCGCCGAGUUACCGCUCUCUUCUGGGCAUUAACGAUCCGACGGGCCGAGCGAGCGCCCUGAACGAGUUCCUCCGCUCUCGGAGCUAUAUGGAGGGAUACACGUUUUCUGCGGCCGACGUGGAGGUGUUCAGGCGGCUGUCGGGACCUCCUCCUGACCAUUACUUCCACGUGGUCCGGUGGUACAAACACAUAGCGGCCAUUUCUAGCGACUCCGCUGCGCAAAAUAACUCCAGCGAUUCGCCGGCAUGUAAGAGCAGACGGACGCAGCCGCAGUGGUCACCGCCAGAAGCCAAAGAACAACCCAAGCUACGCCUGUACAACAGCCUGACUCGCAACAAGGACGUGUUUGUGCCCCAGAACGGUAACAGGGUGACGUGGUAUUGCUGCGGACCCACCGUGUACGAUGCGUCCCACAUGGGUCAUGCCAGAUCGUAUAUUUCUUUUGACAUUCUGCGAAGAGUUUUAAGGGACUAUUUUAAAUAUGAUGUCUUUUACUGCAUGAAUAUCACGGACAUCGACGACAAGAUUAUAAAGCGCGCCCGGCAAAAUUAUCUCCUCCAGCAGUACAAGGACAGCCAGCCUAAGCCCUCAGCUCUGCUUCUCGAUGUGAAUACGGCGCUGCAGCCAUUUUCACAAAAGCUGAAGGAGACGACGGAUCCGGAUAAAAAGCAAAUGCUGGAGAAGAUCGAUAAGGCGGUCUCUGCCGCCAUCCAGCCGCUGAAGGACGCCGUGAGCAAAAACGCGUCCGAGGAGGAAAUCGCUAAGUAUGCGAAGAUAUUACUUGAAGAAGCCGCAGAUCUGCUCGCUGAUUGGCUGGAUGCCCAGCGUGGCGCUGACGUAACGGAUAACUCCAUUUUCUCCCAGCUUCCAAAGCACUGGGAAGGGGAAUACCAUAAAGAUAUGGAAGAUCUGAACGUUCUCCCCCCCGACGUCCUCACGCGAGUGAGCGAAUACGUGCCCGAGAUCGUCGAGUUUGUGCAAAGAAUUGUGGAUAACGGUUACGGGUACGUGUCCAACGGUUCCGUUUAUUUUAACACCGCCAAGUUCGACGCCAGCGACCGGCACUUCUACGCCAAGCUCGUUCCCGAAGCCGUUGGAGAUCAAAAAGCCCUUCAGGAAGGAGAAGGCGACCUCAGCAUAUCGGCGGAUCGGUUAAACGAGAAGCAGUCGCAGAAUGAUUUUGCAUUGUGGAAAGCAUCGAAGCCCGGGGAGCCGUCCUGGGAGUCCCCGUGGGGGAAGGGCCGCCCCGGUUGGCACAUAGAAUGCUCGGCAAUGGCUGGUUCUAUCCUCGGCGAGUCCAUGGAUAUUCACGGAGGGGGUUUCGAUCUCCGGUUCCCCCAUCAUGACAAUGAACUGGCGCAGUCCGAGGCUUACUACGAUAAUGACCACUGGGUGCGUUAUUUUCUUCACACCGGUCACCUGACCAUAGCCGGCUGCAAGAUGUCUAAAUCCUUAAAGAACUUCAUCACCAUCAGAGAUGCAUUAAAGCGGAAUACUGCGAGACAACUCCGCCUGGCGUUCCUCAUGCACUCCUGGAAGGACACCCUGGAUUAUUCCUGCAACACGAUGGAGUCCGCUGUCCAGUAUGAGAAAUUCAUGAACGAAUUCUUUUUAAAUGUGAAGGAUAUUCUCCGGGCGCCGGCGGAUAUCACAGGGCGGUUUGUGAAGUGGGAAGCCCCCGAGAUAGAGCUUAGCAGAAGCUUUUAUGACAAGAAAGCCGCGGUUCACGAAGCCCUGUGCGAUAACGUCGAUACCCGGACCGUGAUGGAGGAAAUGCGCUCGCUCGUUGGCCAGUGCAACUCGUACAUCGCCGGCAAGAAAACCGCCAAACUUCCCCCGAACAGAAUGCUUCUGGAGAGCAUCAGCACGUACCUGACCGGCAUGCUGCGAAUCUUUGGUGCUAUUGAAGGAGAGGAGCCCAUUGGAUUCCCUGUAGGGGGCGCUGCACAGAACCUCAACCUGGAGUCCACGGUAAUGCCGUAUCUCCAAGUUCUGUCUCACUUCAGAGAAGGCGUCCGAAAAAUUGCCAGAGAGAACAAAGUCUUUGAAGUAUUACAGCUCAGCGACGCUCUCCGGGAUGACGUUCUUCCAGAUCUCGGGGUGCGUCUUGAAGAUCACGAAGGACUCCCAACCGUUGUAAAACUAGUGGACAGAGAGACGCUGCUGAAAGAAAAAGAAGAGAAGAAAAAGGUUGAGGAAGAAAAACGAAGGAAAAAAGAGGAGGCUGCGAGGAAAAAGCAGGAGCAAGAGGCAGCGAAGCUCGCGAAGAUGAAGGUCUCUCCGAGCGAGAUGUUCAAGUCCGAAACCGACAAAUACUCCAAGUUUGAUGAAACCGGUUUCCCGACACACGAUGUUGAGGGCAAGGAGCUGAGCAAAGGACAAGCCAAAAAACUCAGGAAACUCUUCGAAGCGCAAGAAAAAUUACACAAAGAAUAUCUGCAGUCGGUUCAGAACGGAAGCGCAGACUGAGAAACCACGGAAUCGAUUGUCAAAAGCCAGUGAACCAGCGGGCAUAAAACUGCCCGGAAAAUACCCCCCCGGACCCGACGGCGGCCAUAUUUAUGAACUGAUGUUAUCAUGCAGGGCAACCUUUAGUGUCCUGGUUCCAUGGAGCACAAUUUGCCCCUGCAGACUAACAUCAAUUCUGCGUGAUCAGUGUUGGGGUAAAUCCUGAAGAUAACGAGACUACCUGUUUUUGUGCUGAGAUGUAAUAAAAUGUUCCGAAAUGUCA